AAGCACUUACGCUGCAGCACUCGGACCUCCGCCGUAGGUUCCGCAGCUUCACGGUACGCACGCGACGUUCCCUUAGCUUUGCCGCGCGGUGGUUUAACGGCAGGCAAAAGGCGCAAGGAUAAAGGCCCGCCGCGGGUUUCGACGGAGCCGAAUCGUUCAGUUCGUCGUGCGUACGACACGCUCGCGUUUCCACGACGAAACGAUGCUUUGGAUACCAAUGCACAGCAUACCGGAAAUCGAUCGCCGACGUCUGCACAUCUGUCUGACGUUGGCAAUCUGCGCAUUUUUCAUCGUCGACACGAUCGACGCCGCCACGAACGAAAGUAAGGACACGUGGACCGGAUUCACGACGUCAUGCACGUCGGAGGAUUCGAAGAACGUGUCGGUUUCUUGUCACGGAGUGCGAAUUGUACGGAAGAUUGUACAGCAGCUACUGGAGACCACCAACAAGGAACGGGACAUACAACUGUUCGACGGAAUAUCCUUGGUCGAGGUGCCUGGCUCUUCCCGAAAGGCCAGAGUUUUGAAGGGCUUCGGAGGUCUCGGACCCUUUUUACAGUUUCUGGAAGGCAGAGAACUGCGAGUCAAGCUGCCGUCUUUACUCCCACCGAAUCUUGAAACCGCUUUGAAGGAGAGUUUGCCUUCCGAAGCUGAAGCGAGAAAGAGCGAUGGCGGUUUUGGCGGCGGCGGCGGUGGCGGCGGCGGUUUUGGCGGCGGCAAAGGUGGCAAGAAGGGCGGUGGUGGUGGACUUUUGUUGAUGAUGCUUAUGAUGGGUAAAAUGAUGGCUGCUAUGGGUUUCGGCGCACUGGGUCUCUUAGCCAUGAAGGCGUUAAUGGUUUCGGCAAUGGCCUUGAUGCUGUCACUGAUUGUAGCCGUGAAGAAACUAGCGAGUGGUGGCGAUGAUCACGGCGGCGGUCACCAUGUCGUUUACGCGCAGGAAGUUGGUGGUCAUCACCAUCGCAAGAAGAGAUCAGUCGAAGACGUUGACUCCACGCAGUUGCCUUACAGAGGAUACGCUCAUCUUUACGCUAACUUGGGACCGUCUUGAUGCUUUUAAUCGUUAAUUGCACCAACCUCAGAGAUUGAAUUGGUCCUCCAGCUUCUCAACUCUCUUAUCGCUACUAAAGCGAACUUCUCAGAUAGAUACGACUAGAUACGACUACGUUGACAACAGCACAUUGACAUUACGCUCACGUAAUUUACAUUUCAGUCACAUCAUCAUUGUCCUCUUAUUCAUCGUCACAUUCAUUUAACGCAACGUUCAUCCUUUUCACAACGCGGCUUUCUUUAUAGUUUAAUAAAACUGCAAACGUCAGUUGCGGUAGGAGGGUUAAUAGGCGCUGGAAAAUGACUGAAGACGUGACGCGACGCGAGAUCAGUGACAGUGACAUUGACGAAA